CAGCCAGGAGGACAGUGGGGGCCGAUUUGACACCUGCAGACACGAUGGAAGCCGGCGAGUCAGGAGUCCACAGGUAGAAGAACAGAGCUGUGGACAAAAAGAAAGGCAAGAGAUAGAAGAGCAGGGCACAGGACUGAGAGGAAGGGAGGAGUAGAGAGAGAGAGAGAGAGGGAGAGACGUUACAACUGAAAAGACUUAACCGAGGGCCGGUGGCUGUGCUUCAGACUGAGAGACUCAGGAGCUCGGGAGGCGUGUGAGAUUAUUAGUUUGCUUUCCCAGCACAGGACAUGGAAACCAGCGGCUCUUUGCUGAGGAUUGGCGUUGUAGGAUUUGGACAUUUAGGGAAGUACUUGGUGGAGAGGAUCCUUAAAGAUGGAGCGGCUGUGGGUUUGUCUCUGGCUUUUGUUUGGAACAGAAAUUCUGACAAACUCAAAGGAUUAGUCCCUGAUGAACUCAUACUUGGCGAUCUAUCGUGUUUUGCAGACAGGCCAUGUGAUGUGAUUGUAGAAGUGUGCCAUCCUCAGAUAGUGAAAGAAUUCGGACUCCACUUCCUGUCUCAGUCUCAUUUCAUGGUGGGCUCUCCCUCGGCCCUCUCUGAUCCUGAUCUGAACACGAGGCUGCGUCAGGCGGCUCAACAGUACGACAGAACACUCUACGUCCCCAGUGGUGCAUUGUGGGGAGGCCAGGACAUCCAGAGGCUGAGUGACAGUGGAGCCUUAAAGGCUUUGUUUAUAAGAAUGUCCAAGCAUCCGUCCUGCUUCCGGCUGACAGGGGACGUCCUCUCUGAUUGGACGGAGGGAGAGGGCAGACGGGUUUUGUUCAGUGGCUCAGUGGCAGACUUGUGCCCACUUGCCCCUAACAAUGUGAACACCAUGGCAGCAGCAGCGGUGGCAGCAGCAUCACUGGGCUUCACAGGGGUUCAGGGAGAGAUUGUGUCUGACACAGCGUUGAGUGACUAUCACGUGGUGGAGGUGGAGGUCACGGGGCCAAAUGGCUUCUCAGUGCACACAGUGAGGAGAAAUCCAGCCAGACUCGGGGCUGUCACCGGCAGCGCAACAUACAACUCAUUCUGGAGUAGUUUACUUGUUUGCAAAGGUCACGGGGGUCGAGUUUACUUGUGCUGAAGCAGUGGACGACUCCGGAUGAUCGUCAGCACAAGAGGAUCCACUGGGAAAUCUGUGAUUUACUGGAUCAAUAUGUUACUAAGAACUUCAUAUUUUGUGUUCCAAUAAACUGUAAGCACACAAAA